AUGUCCGCUCCAUUGCGCCGUGCCGUUAGGACUGCCGUUUCCAGUAACAGCGGCGUGUGCUGCACCUGUCGCCAUGCCCUACAGCCCAGGCGGGUGCGCAUUGCGGACCAGGUGCGCUGUCUGAGCACCACUCCCGCCUUGCUGUCAGGCCAUUCGAAAUGGGCUACGAUCAAGCACGACAAGGCGAAGAACGAUGCGGGCAAGUCGAAACAGCGGUCGCUCAUGACCCGCGACAUCACCAAUGCCGUCAAACUCGCUGGCCCCAACCCCGACAUGAACCCUCGCCUUGCCCUCGCCAUAUCCACGGCAAAAAAGUCGGCUGUACCAAAGGCUUCCAUUGAGGCUGCCAUUGCGCGUGGGCAGGGCCUCUCUGCCUCGGGCGCAGCGCUCGAAUCUGUCGUUCUCGAAGCCAUACUCCCGCCGUCCAUUGCCACUAUUAUAGAAUGCCAGACCGACAACAAGCUGCGUGCAUUGGCCGACCUCCGCUUACUGGUCAAGGAGGCGGGCGGCGCCGUCUCUGCUACAGCCUUCAUGUUUGAAAAGAAAGGGCGGAUAAUACUGCGGAAAAAGGAUGGCGUGACCGUGGACGAAGUGCUGGAGCCCGCGGUGGAGGCCGGCGUGGUAGACGUAGACGAGGAUACCCAGGGCAGGGUCGUGCUUUACACCGAGCCAGCCAUGACGAAUAAGACGGCCGACAAACUAUCCAAGGAUCUGGGAUAUGAGAUUGAAGAGAGCGAAAUUAUUUACGACCCGAACGAAGACACCAAGGUACCAUUGGAAGAUGAGGGCGCAGCCAAAGAGUUGAGUAGCUUCUUGGAUGAGCUGCAGGAAGUACAGGGCGUGCAGGGCGUGUACAUGAAUUGGGCCAAGGGAAGUCUACCAGACGACGUUUGGGAGGAGUUGAGAGGAAAGGCGAGCGUUUGA